AUGGGGCCAGAUCAUGCCGACGACGUCGGCUGGCUGGCGCGCACAGAACAGAUGCUGCUGACCGUCCCUCCUGCGGCAAUGGGGGACUUUGAGCGCCAAUUGUUGACCGAUCUCGUCGACGAUGCCAUACUGAUGACAACUCGGAGCAAUGAGAUCCAGUUGGGCCUAGCAAGCUUGCACCACGCAUACGACAUUGGAGACAUCCUCGGCCCAGGCCGUUCAAACCUUACCGUUGCCGCAACUGGCCUUCAACCCCCUGCCGCCAUGCGUCAACCUCCCUCAUCCUCCUCUACGCCACAACCACCGGCGGGCAUCCACCAGGCACCAACCCUGGCACCCUCAGCGACGCCGGCCAUCGGCACACAGGGAUCCGGGCCGGUCAGCACGGUUCCAAACUUCCCUGGUGUGACUGGUCAGAAGACUGAGCACCGAGAUCGUCAGUGGAAGUUUCAAUGUCACCGGUGCACUCACCUAGUCCGCUACCGCGCAGAAUUCAACCGCCAUGUCAAUGACGCAACCGGGGACAUACUCGGUUUCAAGAUCGUCCACGCCAACCCGCCGGCCGACAUGACUUGGUACGCUCUGGACGCGCAGGGGAACCAGUACAGCGGCAACAUCGUCCCCGAGUCGCAAGGCCAGCCGUCUGGUCGAAGUCGGAUCCCAGAUCCUUGCGGACCCCCAAUCCGUGCAAAGAUCAAAGCCAAGGGAAAGAAGACCAAGGGCAAGAAGACCAAGGGAAAGAAAACCAAGGUUGGCCCGGAGGAAGACUGA